AUGUGCAAAAAGUAUACUCUUGAAAGAUGCAAUCGGCUCUGGUGAAAUGGAAGUACAGAGAGUCGGUUCUGAAAGCUGUAGCCAGCUCUACGGGUAAAAAUUUAAAGGUCCGUUGUUUGGUGCGGGCAGAGAAAAGACGCAAAGCUGGCUCCAACUUUGCAGCCGGCUCUGGUUGUGGAAGAAAACAGAAUGUGCAACAAACCCGCAAAGCUAGUUGCAGAAAUGGUAAGCCGACUGUACAGAGCCGGCUUGAGAAAGUUAAGCCGACUCUCCUGACAAUCCUGCAACUUGAACUUUGCGUCCUGCAGAGCAUUUAAUGACCCCCAAUGGCUAGAAACGGCUAUUUUCAAGCAAGGGACUAUAAAUAUGGUUGGUAACAGAUCUGGAACAAGUUUAAGAACAUUGCAUUAAAUAUCUUUACCUACCUACUUAAGCCUUAACUUCAGUUUUUUAUCUUUGAGUGAUCAUUGCUUGUAAUCCUCUUCUUGUUCUAUUAGUGUAUGUUCUUGAGGGUGUGAUUAUUCCUUCAAGAGUGAUCUAUUGAGAGGAUUCGUGGGGUUUACAUUUUAAAGGGGUGAGGUUUGAGAGAAAUACUCAUUUUCUUGUAAAAGGAUUGAUUGUUUUUCUUAGUGAAGAGUGUGGAGGAAAUCCUUGAUGAGUGAAGCCAAUGUAGAGGACUAGACUCCAAGUGGUUCAACCGAACCUUUAUAAAUUUAUUGUGCAAAC